AUGAAGACUACACAAUUACCACUUCCUUAUGUCACAGUCAUGAGUGUUGAUCUCCACCAACCUAACUGCCCCACAGAAACCAUUGACAUAUUUCGUUCUCGUAUCCUGAGCCUCUGCUCGCAAUCCCUCUCCACUUCGGGCACAAUCCUCGUAGUGGCAUAUGAUCGCAAGGCCGUGAACCAAACCGGUAGCGGUCAUUACACUCUAGUCGGUGGUUAUCAUCCUAAACGUGAUCUCAUCUUGGUUCUCGAUACAGCUGCAUUUAAGUAUCCAAUGCAUUGGGCUCCCCUCACUUCCAUCUACAAUGGAAUCUGCUCCCUGGAUAAGAUUACUGGACGACCCAGGGGGUAUAUGCUCAUAACAAGGACUUUCGAUCCUCGAAUUGGUCUAACUCAAGCAUCAUCUCCCACCCAAGAUUCCCAGGAGACUGGAGAAGCCUUCGAGGAGUAUCGGACGGCUAGGGAAACGUUUAUAUCCUCAUCGGCGUUUGCGAAUGUCAAUAGACUGAUGUUGUUCUGCUUUGCGGACGCUGCAUUUCAGGCCUUUUUCUCACCCCCUUCCUUCCUUGACCCAGACAGUGCUGGAGGUCGCCUGAGGAAGGUGGCAGAAGAAUGGAGCACCUAUUUGAGGACUACGCCUCAAAAUAGUCUUGGUAAAACUUGUUGCUGCCUUCUCCAACCAAUUCGAGGUUCAGAGCACGGCAAAAAUAAUCGAUCUGGUCCCGCCCAUUGCUCACCCAUUCUCUCGCCCAACUCCCCUCCUCAAAAUGGUCGAGGUCAGCGCUGCGAUUGUCCCUGCCUUGUUGAUAGCCUAUUAGAUAAACUGCUCUCUCUGUUGAUCACGCAUCGACCUCCCGGAUUCUUCUUUGGAUGCCAACCCCUCUGGCCAGAUUCAAGUGGAAGUGCUGCCUCGACUAUUGAAACGGCCACACAGAUCAUCUUCGAAUUGGUUUCAUCGGCAACUGGUCGUCGAGCUCGAUUAGCCCUAGAACGUCUCCCUCAACGUUCCUACGAGUGGUUGACCACUGAUGUCUGCGGUCCACUUGCAUAUCGUCCUACUUCCUCCCUUAAUUUGAGUUACGGCAGACCCUCAUUCGGUGUCAACAGUAGCGCGGGGACUCCAUCCCCCACGAGGCUCGCUUGUGCAAUCCCUCUCGUCACAGAUCCAAAGAUUCGAGCAACCACUCUCCUCACUGCUUUCCUCCUCGCAUUUCCAUACCACACAAUCCCGAAACCCAAAGUCACAUCAGAAAAGGUGAGGAUUGAUGCCACCAACACGAGCACAUUAAUUGAAAGACUGGAGAGUUCGGAAAAUCUGCUCAACGACUUGCCAAACCUCUCCGAUCAAACGUGCUUCACCGUGCUCACACCGGGUACUAGGAGUGAGCUCACAGCGCUGUCGAAUAUCCUUUCUCAGUUGGUUGCGAUUAGAAGGCCGCUGGGAACUCGAUGUAUGGAAGGGAAGAAGGAUACUCGUUAG